AUGUCAUUCUACCCAGGAUUCUACCCAUAAUACACACAACCCCUUGCAGCAUCCUUUGCAGCCCCUCUUGCUUAUCCUUAAGCCUCAUAUGUUAGACCUGUUGCAACCGCUCCUAUUUAUACAGCUCCCGCCCCUAUUUACACCGCUCCUGCCCCAGUUGUCACUCAAUCCGUAGUCCAACCAGUAGUUUAAUCAGUUGUGCAACCAGUCGUUGCAGCUUAACCAGCAAUCAAGGGAGAAUCUAGAGUUGAGUAUAGAGAGUAUCAGAGACCAGUGGUUGAGUAUGAGACUGAGACCAUUGAGGUUAAAAAGCCAGUGACAAAAUAUGUUACAGAUUAUUACCCUGUGGAAUAUCAAACAGACUACAUUCCAAGAACAGUCUACGAAACAUAAACAGAAUAUGUACCUGUGUAAAAAACAGUUCCAAGAGUUGAAUAUGAAGCAGUCGAGAGAGAGGUCUAAAGAGUUCCUGCUGCCCCUGUUCAAUAUGCUCCUGCUCCUUUGACUUAUUCAGUUGUCUAGCCAGUUCAAUCAGUCGUCACCUAACCUGUUGCUUAAUAUACAACUCCCUUGACAUAUUCCACAGUGAGACCAGCAUAUGGAUAUCCCUAUUAUUAUUGAUUGGCUAGAGUCUUAUAUAAAAAUCCAAAUUAUAAAUAAAUUUUUCUUUA